UCCGCCUGCGGGUGAGUCUUCCAUUGGAAGGGGCGGAGCUAUGUAAGCAGCGAUCCUGACACGUAAGAAUCCUACGUAAUUUCUAAGGAAGAACUUACGUCUUUUGUAGAAGUUGGAUGUGGAAACAUCGGCGACUUGAUGUAGUUGACCUGUGGCGUGUCUGUUAGAGAGGUUGUAGGCUCCGAAAGUGCACCGGGAAAGAGGGGCCGACGCGCAAGAUGAGAUUUUCAGCCCUUCUUUCUGCCCUGAGGUCGCUGGGCCCGGUAGUAAUCGGCAUUUCUUUAGGAUUCUCCUUGAGUUUGCUGAGUGUGAACUGGACAGAAGAAGCAUGUUAUGUGGACGGGACCGACGCUGAUGGCGCUGCUUUGGCUCAGGUUGAACAGUUUAAAGGGGCCAGGAAGACCAAUUCCAUUUCAGUCCUCAACGACGUGGAGUCCGAGGCGGAUUUCGAACCACGAAUAGUCCCAUAUAAUCAAGUCGAGCCAAGUACGCCUAAGAAAGUUUUCAGGGCAAAAUACAUAAGCACAGAAUUGGGGUUGCGCGAACGUCUCUUCGUUGGAGUCCUGACAUCUAAAAACACCAUAAACACCCUGGGCGUGGCUGUCAAUCGCACUAUUAGCCAUCACCUGGACCCUGUGGUCUUCUUCACCGGCACACGCAACCGCAAAGUCCCCCAUGGCAUGUUUGUAGUCUCACAUGGGGAUGAAAGACUGAUCUGGAACAUGUUUCAGACUAUUAAAUACAUCUUUGACCAUUAUAUCAAUGAGUAUGACUGGUUUUACCUGGUCCAAGAUGACGUCUACACAGAAGCCGACAGGAUCAAACAUCUUGUGGAUCACCUGAGUAUUGAUCGAGAGCUGUACAUGGGCUGUCCGGAGGAGUUCAUCGGUGGGGAGAUGGAAGGGAGGUACUGCUACGGAGGGUUCGGGUACCUCCUGUCCCGUACCUUGCUCCUUCGACUUCAACCGUUCCUAGAAAACUGCAGGAACGAUAUCCUGAGCGCCAGGCCUGAUGAGUGGCUCGGGAGAUGCAUCAUUGACUACACGGCUACAAACUGUGUAAACGACUAUGAGGGGCUCCACUACCACCACUACCAGUUGGGAAAAAACUCUGAUCCAAGCAAAGAGCAGAGUGAGCAGUUCAAAAAAGCUCUGACGGUCCAUCCAGUGUCUGACCCUGAACAGAUGUACCGGCUACACAGAUACUUCACUGAGAUUGAACUGCAGAAGACUUACGAUGAGAUUGCUAAGCUCCAGGCAGAAAUCAAGAAUGUCAGCGUGGUGGCUUUUGAGGGCAACCGAAGUGCAGAGUGGCCAAUUGGGAUCAACCCACCCUCCGAACCAAAGACUCGGUUUGAAGUUUUACAGUGGGAGUACUUUACAGAAGAAGAGAUUUAUACAUGCUUGGAUGGAUCCCCAAAGUGUGAGCUGCAUGGCAUUGACCGCAUGGAUGUGGCGGAUGUCAUUGACAAAGCUGUAGGAGAACUGAACAAGAAGUACAAACCGGUCUUGCACCUGAAGAAGCAGCAUCUGAUUAAUGGCUACAGGCGCUUUGACCCCACCAGGGGCAUGGAGUACACCUUAGAUCUGCAGCUCGAAGCGGUCAACCAAAAAGGUCACAGUCGUUCGAUCUCCAAGCGUGUUCAUCUGGUGCGACCUUUGAGCCAGGUAGAGAUAAUUCCCAUGCCCUAUGUCACAGAAGCCACAAGGGUUCAUGUCAUUAUACCGAUUACUGUGUUGGAACGGGGCUCUGUUGAGCAUUUCUUGAAGGUCUUUGCCUCAAACUCCUUUGAGACAAGUGAGAACGCCGUCCUCACCUUCUUAUUCAUUUAUGACCCAGUGGAGGCACAGCAAGUUAACCAGAAUGACAUAUUUGCCAGCGUAAAAGCUCAAAUAAACAUCCUCGAGGGGACAUACUCCUCAGUGAAAAUCCCUUGGAUCAGCGUCAAGACGGAAACACCAUCUCAGAUCAAGUUCAUGGACAUCAUUUCAAAGAAGCACCCGGUUGACACACUGUUCCUCCUAGCGGGUGUUAACACGAAUAUCAAUGCGGAGUUUAUGAACCGUUGCCGCAUGAAUUCCAUAAAUAACUGGCAAGUGUUCUUCCCCAUCCAUUUCCAGGAUUACAAUCCCGACGUGGCAUACCACAACCAGCCGCAUCCAGCCACAGUCGACCUGGUCAAGGACUCCGGGCAUUUUGAUCGCUGGUCGUUUGAUGAAGCUUGUUUUUACAAUGCAGACUAUAUGGCAACACGCACAAAAAUGGUUGAAGAUGUCCAAGAGAACGAGGAGAUCCUAGAGACCCUGGACAUUUAUGACAUGUUCAUUAAGUACUCGGGUUUGCAUGUGUUCAGGGCCGUAGAGCCAGCCUUGCACCAGAGUUACCGCUACCAAACCUGCAACCCACGGCUUAGCGAGGACAUCUACCACAGGUGCGUUCAGAGCAACUUGGAAGGUCUCGGUUCUCGCUCCAAACUCGCCAUGCUGAUGUUUGAACAAGAACAAGGAAAUAGCACGUGAAAAAGCAAAGCAGCGGAACCUCUCUGUGCUUGCAUGUGUGCACAUAGCAAGCUGUGGGUUUCUCUAAAUGACUUCCUGGGACAAAAAAAUUUGGGUAUGUCUGAAAAGGAUAGCAACACUUAACUUCACACAGAAUGGAAUAUAUUCCGGGGUUUUGGAACAGUCGUGACCCAACCGAACAUACCCAAAGAGUUUGUGGAACCUAGCUAAAAAUGAAUGCAGUACAUUUCUAAUUAUUCUUCAAAGCAUGUUUACAACACUUGUCCUUUUCGAUGAGUUGCCAGAACCAAAUGGUGAUGUUACUCUCCCCAGUCUGAAAGAUAAGUAAUAUUUGACCACUAUGCUGCAAGAACAGGGCCUUGUUGUCCAUGUAGUUUAGCCAGUUUUCAUGAUCAGGUGUUGACGCGUGGCCAGCAGUGGCACAGCACGGCUCUUUCUCUGCACCUGUCUGUUCUGACAUGGAUUGGGAUCUUUAUCUGGGUUUUGCACUAAGGGGUAGAUUGCAAUUUUUUGUGAUAGACAAAGCAUAGCCGCUAUUGCAAGUUUUCAUGCCGGUCAGUCCAAAGUCAAGCAAAUACAGUGGACCCUCGGUUGGCGUGCGCCCCUUUUAUAGCGCUAAAAUUGUCCACGUAUAAUCUUGUUAUUAAUACACUUGUGUGAGCCCAACUGUGUUUGUAACGCAUUUUAAUCACUUAACGGUCCUGUUAGCAGCCUAUUAGCAUUGAACCUGCUUUCACUCACCCGACGUAGUUCUUUGCUAACUAACACCGGUACACCACACGUCUCGGCUUUUGUUGUUGAUCACGGCUGCACAAUAACUUACAAUGGAGCCAAAGAGAGUGGCAAGUACCAGUAUGUCGAUAAAGACGGUAAGAAACGCUCUCGAAUUCAAGAAAUAACUCGCGAAGUUGGUGUCCGUGUAGAUCAGUAACAUGCGGUGAGGUAGGUUCAUGACACUGACUCCUUUGUACCUUUUCUACGUUAAUACAGGUUGCUUAUUAAGAGGCUAACAAAAAAAGUACGUAUUUGUCCCAUUUAUGUCUUUUUUUAAUAUUACAUUACAUUAUAUUAAUGGCGACAUGCUGACAAACAGAAACCGGCAGGUGCCAUCAUCCACGUCAGCGCAGUCAUUGAGUGCAAUCGGACGGUAGGCAGGGCUUGCGCGCGAAGCCGAGAGGAGACGCUCGUAGCAGCCUCAUCUUGGGUUUCUACCCAGUAUUUGGUCAAGAAAUGUGCAAAUUCAGCAAAGAAAAUGCGUGCGUGGGUUUUCUCCGGGUACUCCGGUUUCCUCCCACAUCCAAAAACAUGCAUGUGAGGUUAAUUGGUGACUCUAAAUUGUCCAUAGGUAUGAAUGUGAGUGUGAAUGCUUGUUUGUCUAUAUGUGCCCUGCCAUUGGCUGGUGACCAGUCCAGGGUGUACCCCGCCUGUCGCCCGAAGUCAGCUGGGAUAGGCUCCAGCAUGCCCCUGCGACCCUAAUGAGGAGAAGCGGUAUAGAAAAUGGAUGGAUGGAAACGUUCAGGAAAUACAUUUACAUUACAGCUCAAUGGACAAAUAUUCAUUUUUAUUUCAUGUUAUAGUUUUUAAUAUUUAAAAAAAAAAUCAUGACUCACCUACCUCCCUUGCCAUUUUUGUGACAAAGGUCUUCACCAAACAUAAAAGUGACGUUAAGUGUACGGUACAUUCAUCCAUUUCUUUCAUUUCUAAUUGUUUUCUGCACAUGACACACUUUUUUUCUGGUUUUAUCUUAACAUUUUUUGGGUGUGGAACGGAUUAAUUGGAUUUGGAAAAAAUAGAUUCGGUUAAAGUACAUAUUAGGACCUUCCGGAACGGAUUAUUGACGCUAGCAGAGGUUCCACUGUAAAAGAUUUGAGAGUGGUUUGCACUAUCGCAGAAGAGGGUUUUAGGUUCAAACCUGCUUUUUGGAGUUUAGAUGUUCUCUGUUUGCCUGCUCUGGUUCUCUCCAGGUGCUCCCUACAGAUCAAAAACAAGAACAUUAGGUUAAUAAGGGGGCAGAUUGGAUGCCCAGUUACAAAAGAGCUGCAUUUAACUUGUGUGAUUUACAGAUGAGAAUAUAUUCACAAACAAAAUUGCUGUUGUUGUGCCUUGAAACUGAUUUCUAUAUGAUGGUUCUUUUGAAGAAUAUAUCAUAUUUGUGUCGAAUAGUUUUGCAGUUCAGGAGCUGCAGUUGCUGUAUUUUUUUCUGUUUUUUGGUACUGAUAGCGCAUGAUUUUGCGUCACUGGUUCCACAGGUUGCUUGUGCCUCAAAGCGCGAACUGGAGCCACCCCCUCCCAAGCAGUUCCUGUUGAUUUUUUUUGGUGGACGGAAUGUGUGUAGGCAAAGCGGGUGUACAAGUGAGUUCACAAAUUCCUCUCAGAACUGUUUGUGUUGCUAAAAAUGUACCCAGACAAAGCCAAGAAGAACCAAGAAUAUUGUAGGAAAACAAAACAAUGAAAAUGUAUGCAGUCGAGUAAGUACGCGACACUUGGAAAGGAUUUUGUGGAUAUGAACAACGUAUGAAUCAUUAGUUUGUGUCGUGUAAGAUUUAUUUACUGUAAUUCAAAACUCCAGUAGGACAGUUUUACUGACAGUUUAUUAGAAUAGGAGCAAGUUUUUUUUUUAUCGAGGUUACUAAAAAAGUGCAAUAUUGCUGCUAAAGCCACUGUGGAACUACCAGCUGGAGUACAUGAUUGCUUAUUUGAUGCAGUUUACGGUACUUAAUACAGUAGAUCCUUGCGGGGGUUACUUCCUGGGACCACCAGCGAAUGGUGAGAAUCAGCGAGUAAUUGAUACACCCAUAAAAAUGUCUAUUUUUGACACACGGCUCACUCGUCCCCCUCCAAAUCCUCCUGCUAGCUUGACGUUGACGUUCUCCGACGAUUUCGGAUCAACAUUUGCAGUAAAAGUGACUGUUGUAAUGACUACAUUAGAUGAUUUAGCUGCAUGUUAAAGUAUAAAAUGUAUACGUACUGUAUCGCCACUAAUGAACGAUAUUGUAAGAUGAACAGGUGGAAUCGGAGUAACAGUGCAGAUGUUAUAUGUAAGUGAGUAACUAUGGUACGUUCAAAUGGUACAAAUUUCAGACUUUUUUUUUUUUUAAACAGUGGUACAUUAACUGUAUGCUGUCCAUUUUACCUGUAUUAUCUCGUGUUUGGAAAAGAUUACUGACUCGGGGUGAAUGAGAUGUGUUUUCUGCGGGGAAAAAAUAAAAUUAAAACAUUUUUUGCGGUGAAUGCUGAAUCCCAAUUGUGCGGGGAUCCACUGUAUGUACCUGUAUAUUUUUUUUUGUCAAGGUUACAUGCUGAUUUUGAACAUUUGUGAGGAAUCUGCAGUUCGGUACCGAGGAUUAAAAGUAAUCCCUGUGAUGCCCCCUCAGUAUGCUUCUGGAUGUUGUCCAAUGAGAAUUAAAGAUGGCUUGUAGGGAGGAAGUGCUUUAGGAAUUUCAGCAGCUAGGAAGAUGAUCAAGGAUUUAUGUUUUUUUUACUUUUUUUUUUGUUUUUACUGUUAAUUGAUUUGUAACAAUAUCAAGCCAGAAGUGAACAUUUUCUCUCAUUAAAAGGACCAAUAAUGUAGCAGAACACAGAGAUUCCACAUUUCAGUUCAUGAUUGUGUAACAAAAAUGUAAUCAUGAACAUUGCAUUUGUACAGUAUUAGACUUUUUAAUGUUCUUUUUCAUGGAAUUUGCUCAUACCUGCAUUUUCAACCAUGAAUUUUACAGUGGAUGACAUUGAAUGAUCUUUUAAUUCAUGCUUUAUAUACAAUAUGUUUUGGAAACCCCAUAUACUGCAGAACGGUGGUAAUUCUGUAGCUGUAUUUUUUUUUUUUUAACUUUUAGGUUGUCACUACAUGAUUUUUGACAAGCACAGGCUUUCACUAAGAUCAGUGGUCUCCAACCCCCGGGCCGUCGCCCGGUACCAGGCCGUGGGUCAUUUGGUACCGGGCUGCACAGAAAAAAAAUAAUUUCCAUUUUCAUUUUUUUGUAUGUUUUAUUUUGAAAAGUGGCCGGAUUCUCUGUGACAUCCGUCUCGCUUGACGCAUGUCCAUUGUGCGUGUGCUAACUUUAUCUCAUGCCGCGCAGAUAGAAUACUACUGUAUUUUUACCAUUUUUUCUUUCACCUCAUAUUUGGUCUCAAAUGCUGAUACUAUGUGGGAAUGCAUAAAAGUACGUUUUGAUGACUUUGUGCACGUGUCUGAAGUUAAUUCAUGCUAGCGCACUGCCUUUUCCCACACUUGUCAAACAGCGAUGUAAUAAUCUUUCUGGAAAAACAUGUCUUACAUAGCUAUAAUGUACGAGAUUUGUGGAACACAAGCUGGUCCAUGGGUCAAAAAAGGUUGGGGACCACUGACUAAGAUGGUGUUCUACUGACAUCAUCGUUUUCAUAUGAGAUGAUGAUUAGCAGCUAAGUGAACCUUCCAAAAACCACUAUGAACGACAGCAUAGACAAUAUGACGUCACUGUGUGGAGAGAACAUUGGAGAGUCCACGAUGUUCAACUCUGCUGCUUCUGCAUUGUGACUGGCUGGCAGGGUUUCUCAAACCUUUUCGGCUCGGGACCCAAACAUACUAAAAUACGUCAUUUAUUGCCAUAACAUAAGAUGAUGUCAUUCAAAAACACACAUUAAACAACCAAAUUGGGGAAACCUAUUGACCAUAAUGCUCCAUUUCCCUACAACAGGUUUUCUUAGCAUUAAAUGAUUUUUUUCUUGCUUUGUAUGUUUUAUGAUGUCAUUUGACCAUUUCCAUGAUGGCAUUUUGAUUUGUCUUUGUCAGUUUGUUUUUUCCAUCACAGAUCUUGGAACCAAAUUGGUUUAUUUUAUGCUACUAAUAUUACCAAAGGAAUGGAAGCAAUACUUUUCAUAAUUGACACAAAUCAUUUCAUGUGCUGUGAUUCUUAAUGAACUGUGAAAUGUUGUAAUUGUUUUUUUUUUUUUUUAAUUAAAUAUAUCUGAUUGUAUUUUAUUGGUCAUUUUUACUGAUCAAAACAUUUUAUUGUAUGUUUUUGUGGUGUGUAAAAUCAUGUUUGUCCUUUAGGUGUCAGCAGAAGAGCAUGUUCCCAUUCCAGGAGCGGGUACCACUUGCGUAGCAUGGCCAGUGAACAUUUAUAGAUAUUAUUUGUAUCACAGCGCUUUUCAUUUGGUUUAUUUGUCGGCACAUCCUCAAAGGGACUGCCGUCAACAUUCCUACCCGUUUCUGACCUGAGGCUUUUUUUUUUGGAGUCUAGGUGGAGUAAAAACAGGGAAAAUGCUGCAAACCUAAUUACAGUUUUAGUUAUGUCAAGGGUCUAUAUGUACUCCCCCGAGGCAUGUUGUAAAACCACAUAAUUACACAGCAGCUGGGAUUUAAUUGUAAGCCAUCAUUUUGUACUUUGCUUUAUGUACAAUCCCAGGACUUUCUCCUCCUACAUAAGUGUAUAGCUGCUUCAAAACAUAAAUGGUUUUUUUUUGUCACGUCAAGGUUAUUUUGAAAAGACAUGUCAUUGAAGAUUUGUCAGGAAAUAACCCAAAAUGUCGCCACUUGUGUUUUUAAACCUGUAGUUCCCGAUUGUUUGCCAUUUGAAAAAUCAUUUUAGGUUUGCAGCCGUUCAAUUGUAUACAGAAAUGCAUGCAUUCAGAAGCUCAACCUCAACCUUGGUCAAAUUGUAUCACCAUCAGGAAUUCUGGACCCCAUGGGGAAUACAAAAAAAUCACAUUGGGGCCCCUCCUGUGCAGCUGUGAUCGCCACGUCUCUAGGACCUAAGGGA